ACACUACUGUAAAUAAAGAUGGUUGUCGACAUGGAAUUACAGGAAGCUAAGGAUUACGUUCUUCAGCUUAUGAAAGAUAAAGAUAAAAUUGAAGCAGAUCUGAAAGCUUUGGCAGAAGUCUUAGAAACCAACCAUGUUGGGAUGGAUGAUCCGUUGGUCGAUAGUGAAGGAUAUCCACGAAGUGACAUUGAUGUCUAUCAGAUCAGGCACACGAGACAUAAGAUAAUAUGUCUCAAAAAUGAUUAUAAAGGAUUGAUGAACAAAAUAGAGGAGGGCUUGCACAAGGUGCAUGCUCUAUCAGGAAAUCAAGCAGAAAGUUCUAUUCCAAGUACAACUAAUGAUAUUCAAGAUAUGGUGCAACUGGACCCUUUUUUAAGAGUAAAUUUAGUAUCUCCAAACUCUCCAGCAGAAAUAGCGGGUAUUAAAGUUGAUGAUCUCAUCCUUGAAUUUGGCUCAAUUGACUGUCGAAAUUUUAAAUCAUUGAAAGAUAUUGGAACUCUGGUACAAAACAGUAGAUAUAAGACAGUUAAUGUAAAAAUUAAACGUGGAUCUGAUAUCAUAGCCUUGACUUUAAUUCCACGUCCUUGGAUUGGUAAUGGACUUCUUGGUUGCAAUGUAAUACCAUUAGAGAUGAUCGAAAGAUAAAGUUUCUAAAUGAAAUUUUUGUUUAUAAUAUUAUGUUGAUUUUGUGUGAAUAUUAAUGAAUAAAAUAAUAUUUAUACAUUAAUACAUUUAUAAUUAUUGUCAUGUCGAACGAGCUUGUAGUUGGUAUUAAAAAAAUAUUAAAACUAUAA